AUGCCGGGUGGAUCUGCGUCUAUGUCUUCCUUCCGCAUAAUGGCCUUUCUUUUGGUUUGGUUCCUCUGCUGUUUGCCGGGGAUCGUCGCAGAAAUAGAUUCUAUAUUUCGAUCGAGACCCGAUCUAUAUCCCCCGGUCCUCACGAUAGAACACAGCAUUCCCGACAAACUUACUCCAGGAUAUAUCUUUGUUGGCCCGUAUCAAGCGGAUAACUCAGGUCCUUAUAUUUAUGAUAACCAAGGCGAUCUAGUAUGGAGCGGCUGGGGAAGCUCCGGUCCGGGCAACGCGCACGGCAUGCAUGUAUGCAAAUACAAAGGGGAUGACCAUCUUUGCUUCUUCCAAGGUGUUCAACAAAAUGGAUAUUGCCGGGGCCAUGGCGUCAUCAUGGACAAUCAGUAUCGCACCGUCAAGACUGUCCUCCCCGGGGGCGGGAUGGCGUCGAGCGAUAUGCACGAGUUUUUACCCAUUAACGACGGCAAAACGGCACUAUUGACGGUGUAUCAGCAGCGACAGUUUGACAUGAGCUUAUGGAAUGUCAAGACUGGUAUGGGUUGGUUGAUGGAGAGCAUCUUCCAGGAAGUGGACGUGGAGACGAACGAGGUGCUGUUUGAGUGGAAGUCGCUUGACCAUGUUGACCCUACAGCUAGCUACACCUAUCCUGGCCACACUGACACUUCGGGAACGGGGCUGGACCCGCGCUCCCCGUGGGAUUAUUUCCACAUCAAUUCCAUUGAUAAGAAUAAGGAUGGUGAUUAUCUGAUCUCAUCACGACACACGUGCGCGAUCUAUAAAAUCUCCGGCCAGAAUGGGUCGGUGAUCUGGCAGUUGCAUGGCGCCAACCCGUCCUUCACGAAUCUCAACUUUAGCUUCUCCCAGCAACACGAUGCACGAUUCCUGAACGAAAACGGUACCCACACCUUGCUUUCCUUGUAUAACAACGGCUUCAAUGGGUUCAACAAAACACACGAAUAUUCCUCCGGUAUGCUCAUUUUGAUCGACCAUGUGGCGAAGACAGCCACUCAGCUGCGCGAUUAUGCCCCUUUGAACAAGGACAUGCUCAGCUCGAGCCAGGGCAACAUGCAAGUGUUGCCGAACCAGAAUGUGUUUAUUGGAUGGGGGAACAAUGCAUACAUAUCCGAACACGACCAGCACGGCAACUUGCUACUGUGGGGAUACAUUGAUAAGGACAAAAUCAUGAACUAUCGUGCCCAGAAAUUCCAGUGGGACGGGAUGCCGACGGACGUGCCCGCUCUGUGGACAUAUUCGCGGUCGACCGAGCCGUUCUCCUCGCUUACCUUGUACGUAAGUUGGAACGGCGCCACACGAGUGCGGUACUGGCGGUUCUACGGGGCGAUGAACAUGACCGGCCCGUAUGCAUUGUUGAACCAGGUGACGAGGAAGGGAUUCGAAACGAGUUACACGUUCCCGCACUACUACCCAUGGGCGUACGCGGAGGCCGUAGAUCUCGAGGGCAAGGUGUUGGGCAAGUCACGGCAUAAGUUCACAUUCACGCCUUCCGAGGAACUACAACAGUACUGCGCGAACAACAUGUGUGAAAAUGCUCCGGCGUAUGGACUCCCUGGCGAAGAGGGAGCCGGCGCAUUCAUCCCCCCAGUGGGUCUUAUUACUGUGCCAUGGGUCGACCCAGAGAACCCGGAAGCCCAUUACGACUGGGGUGAAACUUCCGAGUCCGCGUCACAGCCAUUGGAUGAAGCCAAAGAGACAUUGAAGACUGCAUACGAGCGCGGAUGGUUUGUCCCCGUGCUGGCGGUUGGUCUUGCCGCGAUUGGGGUUUACAUGGUGGUCCGAAAGUGUCGACUGCAACGCCCUCAUACCUACCCGGUGAAAGAGCGCCAAUCAUUAGAGCCAUUGGACAACCCUGUCGACGAACGAAGACAGCCGGGCGAGAUGAGCGAUAUGCCGUGGUGGCAUUGGCGGCGAUGGACCGGAGCAUCCGACGGACCACACUACUUCCCCUUGACGGAGCCGGCCUCUGGAAGAUUUCCGCCCUCGAUGCCUGUUCCAAAGCUUGAGCUACAACAAAGUAGUCGCCUGAGAUCUAUCUCAACGUCGAGCAACAACUCUCCCAUUCCCACCCCCGCGCUGACACCGACACACCAACACAACUUUUCCCUAUCUAACAGCAAAAAUCGGAAUGCCCGUCACACCCGGACCACUUCUUGGACAUCCGGUCACGACGGAGGCGAGCCCUCUCCGCUAGAUUUCCCUGCACAGCACCGUCGUCGUCGCGAGUCCAACAUCUCCCUCGCCGACCUUUCUGAGGGCUCAUCGGACCGAUACGGCGACGACUCCGACGAUAGGAUGGCCCUGAGAAACACCUCAUUCGAGCAAUCCGGUCAUGCCCGCAACCGUUCACAGAGCCACACCCAGGCCUCCUUCAUGCAACCACAGCAGUUCUCCGCUGACCCGCCUCCGCGUCCAGGGCCCGUCACUUGGAUGACCCUGCCGCGGAAGAAGCAACUCGCAUUGCUAGGGUUGUGUCGUGUAUUUGAUUUCUUGCAGAUUGCCUCGUUGCAGGCGUACAUGUUCUAUCAGCUCAAAUCCUUUGAUGAGACCCUUUCCGACGCAGAUGUGUCCACCCAGGCCGGUAUCCUCCAGGGUGCCUUUACCGCGGCCCAGUUCGCCACAGCGAUUCCCUGGGGUCGAGUGGCUGAUGCCGAAUGGGGUGGACGGAAGUUCGUCCUUCUCGUUGGCCUUUUGGGUACGGCCGUGUCAUGUCUGGGUGUCGCUUUUGCUACGUCGUUCGCGCAGGCCGUGUUCUGGCGUUCAUUCGGCGGUGCCAUUAAUGGUACGGUGGGUAUUAUUCGGACCAUGAUUGCCGAGAACGUCAAAGAGAAGAAAUACCAUUCCCGCGCGUUCCUGAUUCUACCGAUUGGAUUUAACGUGGCUUCCUUGUUCGGACCUGUCAUGGGUGGUAUGCUCGCCGAUCCGGUGCGCAGCUAUCCUACGUUGUUCGGUCCCAACUCUUCUUUUGGCGGGGCGAAUGGCGUACAAUGGCUCGAGCGCUAUCCUUAUGCAUUGCCGAUGUUGGCUAACACUAUUUUCCUCUCCUUUGCUGCAUUCUGUGUUGGGAUGGGGUUGGAAGAGACCUUGGAAGCUUGCAAAGGCAAACCUGGCUUGGGUGUUUUCACUGCCAGGGUCUUCGCCCGCGGUAUCCGUGCCGUGGUUCCUUCUUCGUCCCCGUUGUACCAGAGACUGCCUUUCGCCGAUUACGAUGAGGAAGGCCCUCUUUUGAGCACCCACCGCGACCCUACUGAGAGCUACGAACUGGAGGAGAAGGCUGCCAAGCCGUUGCGCCACAAACGCACGUUACCUUUCCGCAGACUGUGGACGAAGAACGUGCUGUGUACGCUUUUGGCGCAGGCCUUCUUCGAUUUCCAGAUGGGUGCAUUUAACAACCUCUGGCUGCUCUUCCUGUCAUCACCCCGUUAUGAUUCCAAUGACCCCGCCGCCCCUGCCCAGAGGCUGCCAUUCAUCUUUACCGGCGGACUGGGUAUGUUGCCGCAGAGCGUCGGAUUUGCCACGGCUAUUCUGGGUAUCAUCGGCAUGCUCCUCCAGUUCACCGUGUAUCCCGCAAUCAACAGCCGCCUGGGAACAGCCAAGAGUUACCAGUACUUCUUGACCUUGUUCCCCCUGGCGUAUGCAUUUGCCCCGUACAUCGCACUUGCCCCGUCCAGCGCACCGCCCCCGGGUCAGGCCAACGGGCCGUGGGUGUGGUUUUCUAUCAUUGUUGUCCUUUUCCUGCAAGUCACAGCCCGUACCUUUACGUUGCCGACCUCGAUCAUCUUGCUGAACAACUGCUCGCCACAUCCCUCGGUGCUGGGCACCAUCCACGGCAUUGGCCAGUCGGUGUCCUCCGCAUUUCGUACCAUUGGACCUAUUUUCUCCGGGUCGUGGUACGGAUACGGUCUGGAGAUCGGUACGGUCGGGUUCGCCUGGUGGCUGAUCGCCCUGGUGUCCGUUUUUGGAUGCGUGGCGGCCAUUUUUGUCUACGAGGGAUCUGGCCAUGAGAUUAUCCUCCCCGGAGAGGAGGACGACUUCCGGGACCGUCACUAA